AAUUCUUGGCCCAGAAACCCUUGUACUGCUUCAAUCUGACAUCCAUGCAGGAUUCAGAGAUGAUCCUUGCUGCCACUUUUCACUUCUAUGCUGAAAAACGCCCUCGGCACCGAGAAGUGUUUUGUAAGCGGUCCAAGAACUCAUCCUGCCGCCUCCUUCACCUGCCCCCGAACCUGCAGCUCAACCUCAUUUUCCAAAGCAUUCAUCAGAAUUCUGCCUAUGGGCUAGUGAAAGGGAACAUCACCGUAUCUCUUCAAAGGCGAGGGGCUUGGCAUGCAAAGGACAUUUCACAUAUCAUAAAAGAAUCAAAACGGGCUGGAGAGCUCAUUCUCUGCGCUGAGCUUGAUUCUGGGGAGAAACACCAGGGCUUCCCUGAACAGGUUGCCAGUCAUUUACCUUAUAUACUAGUUUACGCCAAUGAUCUUGCAAUCUCUGAACCUAACAGUGUGGCAGUCACUCUACAGCGUUAUGAUCCAUUCCCUUCCAAUGAUAGAGACCCAAAUCUAUCCCCUAAUGCUUCUACUGAUACCCGAGUGAGGAGGGAUACAUACCUCUCUAGCUCUAUUCAAAACAAUGAGUUGCCAGAAGUAGAUUAUAACAACAACAAAUACAACAAACACGACAUAUGGGAGAAUGCCUACAAGUCCUUGAAACCAAAAGCCUCACGCAAAGAUCGAAGGAGAAAAGGGCAAGAAAAUACAGAAACACUUACAAAGUCUCAGGUGCUAAAUUUCGAUGAGAAAACAAUGAAGAAAGCAAGGAGGAAACAAUGGAAUGAGCCAAGGAUUUGUUCAAGAAGAUACAUGAAAGUUGACUUUGCUGAUAUUGGCUGGAAUGAAUGGAUCAUAUCUCCCAAAUCAUUUGAUGCCUACUACUGUGCAGGGGCAUGUGAAUUUCCAAUGCCCAAGAUUGUUCGGCCAUCAAAUCAUGCUACAAUCCAGAGCAUCGUAAAAGCAGUGGGAAUCAUUCCUGGAAUCCCAGAACCCUGCUGCGUUCCUGACAAAAUGAGCUCACUCAGUGUCCUGUUCUUAGAUGAGAACAAAAAUGUUGUUUUAAAGGUGUAUCCCAAUAUGUCGGUUGAAACUUGCGCCUGCCGAUAAGUUCACGCAAACACAUCAUUAACAAGACCUAUGCAUCCUGCCUGACUACACUGGGAAAGUUGUGAAUGGGAAAUGAAUCCACUAGUGUUGAUGAAUGAAUGCAAGCCUACAAUUCCUCUACAGAAAGCAUGUGGAGAGACUAUAAUGAUACACAUGCUCACCUGGAAGGAUAUGUCCUGCUGUCAUCAUUUGUCUUUCAUAUUCAUCUUCCAGGAAUUCAAUACUUUUACAAAUAUCUUCCUAACCCACCUAGUCAAGACACCUGGUGUUUAGUGAGAAAUUUAAGUAUACAAUUUUCCAUAAUCAAAGGACUAAAAUAUGGUUUUAUAUGCUAUUUUUCUGACUAUUUUAUCUCUUCAGUUAACCAAGAAGAUGGGAAGUGAACUUGCAAAGGCAGGCUUAUUUUAGAAUAUCACUUUUGUACACAAAUCAAAACUUUUUGCCUAAAACACUCAUACUUUUAAUCUGCAUAUUUAUACUGAAAAAUGCUGUAAUAAAGGGCUUCAAAAGUAUAUUUUCUUCAGGAUGCAAGUAUAGUGCACAGCAUAAGCUUUCAUGUAAACAGUAUGUUAAUAUAGACAUUUCUGGUUACCUUUCCCUAAUAUAUAAUUUGUUCUACAAAAGACAUAUGUAAUAUCCCACACUUUUGGUUUGCUGGAUAAUUUCAGGUUGUUAAACAUAUUGUCUAACACAUCCUAUAUAGUAAUAUGUUGAAAUACUAAAAAUAAAAUAACCAAGAUUUAUAUUUUUGUAAAUUAUACUUUAUAUCCUCUAGAUUGUUACAUGCUUUUAACAAAAGCUAAUAAAUUAAAGGUACAGUAGUAUCUAAAAA